AUGACUUCGGUUUCUGUAAAAAUACUUUUCGUCUUUCUUGCUCUAGCUGCUGUUGGCUAAUGCAUUAUUAGUCUUCCUUUAAAAUAAGGACAAAUCUCUAGAGCUGCACAACCUUAUACCAGAAAAUCUUAUUUGAGAAGUACUCUUACCAAUAAGCUAGUUAACUUCUUAGACGAUAUUUAUAUUGCUGAAGUUUAGGUUGGUAAAUCUAAAUAGAAUUUCAAAGUUGUUUUUGAUACUGGAAGCGAGCUUUUCUGGAUCCCUUCUGCAGAAUGCGAUACCUGCAAAAAAGCUGAUAUGAAAACUUAUAGUUGCACUGAAGAAGAUGAAUGCACUCCUAGUGAGUAUUAUGGGGAAUUGCAAUACGCAACUGGAUACGCUGCUGGUAAUAUUACUCAUUUCAAUAUUGGCAUUCCUGGAACAGAAAAUGUUGAAUAUUUUGGAUUGCUAAUUAACACAGUUUCUUAUCUUCCUUCAGGAUUCGAUGGUAUUAUCGGCUUGUCUCCUAUUUGCAAAGUCGCUGAAGGAUCAACCUAACCCAACUUGAUUCCUUAAUUAUAUGAAAAUAAAUAAAUUGAAAAACCUAUUGUCUCUUUCUACUAAGCCUUUAGUGCUGAUGAAAAAGCUGGAAAAGUAUAAUCUGCUAUUACUUUUGGAGGUUACGAUGAAUCCAAAGUUGUUGGCAAAAUAUAAUAUUUCAAAACUGUCAAAUAAAGCGCUUGGUAUGUACCUUUUGAAGAAUUUGAAGUUGAUGGCGUUAAAGUUUACACUGAAAAGGGUUCUGCUUUAAUUGAUACUGGUACCACUUCAUUCUAUUUGAGACCUGAUAUUGCUGAAAAAUAUUUUGAUAACAUUUAACUGAAGAGAGGAAUUAAAAUUGGAGAUGAGUAUGAUGUCCCAUGUGAUUCUGAUUUUCCCAGCAUUUCAUUCUCUUUACGUAAUGUUGAUGGAGAAUUAAUUAAAUUCGAAAUUGAACCUUCUUUCUAUGUCACUCCUUCUCUCACCAAAAAGAAUGUUUGUUACUUGUACUUUGAAGGUUUAAUUGGCAAUGGACCUCAAAUGGUUAUCGGAAAUACUGUUCUAAGAAAGUAUCUCCCUAUUUUUGAUUAUGAAAAUAAUACUAUCGGCCUUGGUCGCACAAUUAACUAACCACCAAGAACUUACCAUUCCAAAUCAGAAUAAUGA